AUGGGUGUUCUACCAAAACCAAGAGUGAACCGACCACUAAGAUGUUUCGAAACUACGGGUGUUGAUUAUGCGGGACCAAUAUUAAUGAAGUCGCACGCACGUAGAAACGCACAGCUACAGAAGGCAUAUAUAUGCAUUUUUUUAUGUUUUGCAAGUAAGGCUGUACACAUAGAGCUAGUAUGUGAUCUCAGCACGGAUGCCUUUAUAGCUGCCUUGCACCGGUUUAUAUCAAGAAGAGGUAAAUGCCAUACCAUAUAUUCCGAUAAUGGUACUAAUUUCGUGGGUGCUAACAAAAAGUUAAGUGAUUUGUCCACACUUCUUCUUUCCGAACAGCACAAAAUUCGCGUUCAAGACACGUUAACACUACACGAAAUUACGUGGAAGUUCAUACCGCCUCGGUCCCCCCAUUUUGGUGGUUUGUGGGAGGCUGCAGUCAAGGCCGUAAAAAAACACUUGAAUCGAACGAUUGCAAAUUCACGGUUAACUUAUGACGAACUAUAUACGGUACUAACACAGAUAGAAUGUUGCUUAAACUCCCGUCCUUUAAUCCCUAUAUCCGAGGACCCUACGGAUUUGAAUGUCCUUACUCCCGCCCACUUUCUAAUAGGUAGCUCACUACGCGCACUGCCUGAGCCUGACGUGAGAGAUAUAUCUAUUAAUAGAUUGUCUCGAUGGCAAAGAGUGCAGCAACUUGUCCAACACGUUUGGGCACGAUGGAGCAAGGAGUAUUUGGGGCAACUACAAUUACGAAACAAGUGGUCCAAAUGCAGAGGACCAUCCAUUCAACCUGGGACGAUGGUGUUAAUAAAGGAGAAUAACUUACCUCCUUUAAAGUGGUUAUUAGGCAGAGUCACAAAUGUUCACCCAGGACCUGAUGACACAUGA